AUGUCGUCGGAGAAAGGUUCUUCGCCUUCAUUGCCUGCCAAGACCUCUUUGGAAAAGGAUAUUGAGAGAUGCGACCUUAUCGAAAACUCCAAAGACACUGCAGCUCGCGCAAUUGACAACUUUGGUGAUGAUGCUACGUUGCCGCCUCCUCCAGCAUUGACAGAAGAGCAAGAGAAGAAGCUCUGGCGGAAGAUUGACUUGAGACUCAUGCCGAUUUUGAGUCUGAUGUAUCUCUUUUCGUUCUUGGAUAGAGGAAAUGCUAAACUCCAGGGAUUGACUACGCAGUUGAAUUUGGAUGGCAAUAAGUAUAACAUUGCGCUGACGAUGUAUUUUAUCUCAUACUGCAUUUUCGAAUGUCCCGCCAAUCUGGUCUUAAAGAAGUUUCGCCCAUCUCGAUGGCUCCCGGUCAUUACCGUCGUGUGGGGCAUUAUUAUGACACUAAUGGGUCUUGUAAAAAAUUACCCCCAGCUUGUCGGCGUCCGGGUGUGUCUUGGUGUUGCGGAAGCCGGGUUCUUUCCCGGCGUCGUUUACUAUUUGACCCUCUGGUACCCUCGCCACCAGCUCCAACUCCGCAUUGGAUACUUCUUCGGUGCUGCGUCGUUAGCCGGGGCCUUCUCUGGAUUAUUGGCUUUUGCUAUCAGUUUCAUGAGUGGCACUCGGGGAUUACUUGGGUGGUCCUGGAUCUUCAUUAUUGAAGGAUGUGCUACCAUAGCUGUUGGGCUUCUGUCUUUUUUGAUUCUGGUAGAUUUUCCUGCCACAGCCAAGUUCCUAACGCCAGAAGAACGCGCGUUUGUUGUCUGGAAGAAGAAAUACGAUAAUUCGUCCGUCGGAGAAGAGGAGCAUUUUUCUGCACUUCACAUCAUCCAGGCACUCACAGACUGGCAGAUUUUUCUUCACAUCCUGAUUUACAUGUCUAUCGUUGGUCCUUUAUAUGGCAUAACAUUGUUCCUUCCAUUUGGCCACACGACAGCUAUCAGUCAGCUUCUUACCGUACCGCCCUACAUCUUCGCUACCAUCCUCUUGUACCUGUUCGCUAGGCUUUCCGACCGGCUUAAAAUGCGUUCUCCGUUUAUCUAUUUGGGGCUGGGAAUGCUCCUUGUGGGUUUCUCUAUUAAUAUAUCAGACGUCGCUCCAGGCGUGAAGUAUUUCGGGACGUUCUUUUGUGUUGCUGGAAGCUACGCCUCAUACCCAGGAGUCGUCGCUUGGCUUGGGAAUAAUCUCGCAGGCCAAUACAAGCGCGGAGUGGGUAUGGCCAUCCACAUUGGUAUCGGCAACUUUUCAGGCGCCAUUGCGUCGAAUAUAUAUAGGACACAGGAUUCGCCGAGGUUCAUUUUGGGACAUGCUCUGGAGUUGAUGUUUGUGGGUAUAGGCAUCGCUUGCGUGCCGGCUGCAGUGAUUAGCUAUACCCGGAUUAACGCGAACCGAGAGAAAGAGAUGCAGAAGGGAAUGAGCUACUCCCAAGAAGAGUUGAAGAAGAUGGGGGAUAGAGCUCCUGAUUUUAGAUAUACGAUAUAG